AUGAUUCAAAAUCCCAGUGAUUCUUCUUCCUCAAAAUCUGUAAACGAAACUAUAAAUGGGUCACACCAUUUUACUAUACGUGGUUACUCAUUAGCCAAAGGAAUGGGCCCUGGAAAAUACAUAUCUAGUGACAUUUUCAAUGUUGGUGGUUACGAUUGGGCAAUUUAUUUUUAUCCAGAUGGAAAGAAUAUUGAGGAUUCAUCCACGUAUGUGUCGGUUUUUAUAGCGUUGGCUAGUGAAGGAACGGAUGUUAGAGCGCUUUUUGAACUGACGUUGUUGGAUCAGAGUGGGAAGGUUAAGCAUAAAGUUCAUAGUCAUUUUGAUCGCGCAUUGGAAAGUGGACCUUAUACGUUGAAAUAUCGAGGGAGCAUGUG